AAGUAAAAAAUCUCCUGAGUUCACAGUUAUGGACCCUGGUGUAUCUCCAAGGAUUUCAGCUGAUUUCCAACAGAACAGGGAGAAUAAGAACCCAAAUUCUUCAAAAUUAGCUUUUGAACAUGUAAUUUUGGAUAAAACUGAUAUAACAAAGUCUGCAGUAAAUUUUGGUACUGUCACCCGGAAGAGCAGGGUCAUGAAGCGGAGAAGCCGGAACACGAGAGGCAAAAAUAAUGCUUUUGGUGGUGCUUGGAAUUCUAAACUUAGCCCCGAGUUUAGUAGUGAAGAUGGAAAAGAGGAUGGAGAGAAGGAGUAUGUUGGAUUCACGUCAAAUAUAUGUGAUGAUUAUUACCCCGAGAAUGGUAUUAAAGACUUUUCAGAUCAUGGAACACCAGCUACUAGCAAAGAGGCUUGUGAAUUUGAUGUGGAUGAAACCACUUAUGAUGCAUGGCAACCAGGUAAUUCCAGUGACUUUUGGAAGGAGGAUACUUUUUAUGUAGGGAAUGAUGCAUUUAUUAAUAAUGGUGUUGAAUGGAAUGAGAUGAGAUAUGGAGGUAGUGAUGUAAGUACUGUUCGGGGAUGGUUAGACGAGCUAGGAUUUGGUAAGUACGCAGGUGUAUUUGAAAUGCAUGAGGUGGACGAGGAAACCUUGCCGUUGCUUACCCUUGAAGAUCUCAAAGAGAUGGGUGUUUUUGCUGUUGGGCCUAGAAGGAAGUUGUAUAAUGCAAUACAGCAACUUAGAGGAGAAGUCGUUUCUGCUUAAUAACUUCCUCAACCUAGAUUGUAGGUAACUUAAUGUUUUUUGUUCUCACUGGCUCUUUUGUGCAGGAAAAAGUCACCAUGUAUGUACCUUUUUGAACCCCUAACAUGUUUUCAUUUUUUCGCUCGUUCUGCUGAUGAGAUAAGAUUAAUGCUUCAUACUCUUUUGUUUCUGUUAGAUAUUUCUUUCAGCACUUUUCGUCACUCACUUUCAAGAACCUUAUGUAAUUUGGGAUAUAUCACUGCCAACUGAGCAGACAAUUUUUGUUGGAA